UACUAAUGCAGACCAGGGUCAUGAUGGCCUGCCCCGCUGCAGUGUAUUUUUCUCAUGAGAAAACCAGUUGGAAGGCCACAGCGGGAUGAGGGACACGGUGAUGUUGGCUGAACCACACACACCUCGAGUGGAGAAGAAUGGGGGGUUGAGGAUUUGCUGCCUUUGCAAGGCAUGGCUCUAGCUGAGAUGCUGUGGUUGCAGGAGACUAAGGGUUCCUCAAAGCUAGAUGGGCGUCCGGGGUUAUUCACCAGUGUUAUACGUAUGGCUCCUCCACUUCUUUUGUGGCCUCCCUGUAUUCAGAAACACGAGACAGCCCGUCUUAGACUGGGAGUGGGGUUACAGGCCUGCAGCGGCAUGGUGGGUUCUCCUUCAGGGCGGGGGUUCUUAGCCUUGGUUGGUGGAAUUCUAGAGCAGAGCUGUAGAUGUCUAUUGAGCACUUGAAAUGUGGCUGGGAGCUGCAAUUUUUAUUUUAAUUUUGACUUAAAUGUCCACAUGGGUGUAGUGGCUACCAUAUUGGACAGCACAGUUCUAGAGGGUCCGUGAAUGGGUUUCGACAUUUUAUAAACCUUUUGGUUUUUCUAGGAAUUGAGUCUAUGGUUUUUCCAAAGCCACCAAAAAAUUUAUGAUCUGCUGCUUUAAGGCUUUGGUGAAAAGUAAGCAAUUAAGAGAGAUAAGUAUGCCCUCUGGUAACCACUGUGUUUCUCCUCUCUCAUUUUGUACUGUCUGCAGCUGUAGGUGGCUCCCCGCCCCACAAUUACACCAAGAAACCAAUUGGAAUCUGAGACUUCAGGCCCAGAUACAUUGUACACUGCAGGAAGGGCGUGAUGGCUGUGGCCCUGGGGUGUGCAAUCCAGGCCUCCUUGAAUCAGGGCUCAGUGUUUCAGGAGUAUGAUACCGACUGUGAAGUCUUCCGCCAGCGCUUCAGGCAGUUUCAGUACAAAGAAGCGGCCGGGCCUCAUGAAGCUUUCAACAAACUCUGGGAGCUCUGCUGUCAGUGGCUGAAGCCAAAGAUGCGUUCUAAGGAACAAAUUCUGGAGCUGCUGGUGUUGGAGCAAUUCCUAACCAUUCUGCCCACGGAGAUAGAGACCUGGGUGAGGGAACACUGCCCAGAGAAUAGAGAAAGAGUUGUGUCACUCAUAGAAGACUUACAGAGAGAACUUGAGAUACCAGAGCAGCAGAUCGACAGGCAGGAAAUGCUCUUGGAAGAACUGGCACCAGUGGGGACAGCACACAUGCCACCAGACAUCCAUCUGGAGUCACCCCCACUCCAAGUCAUGGGACCUGCCCCCGAGGCCCCAGUGGCAGAGGCGUGGAUCCCACAGCCAGGGCCACAGGAGCUGAGCUACGGUGCUGCUGGGGAGUGCCAGCCCUUCCUGGACCCUGGAUAUCCAAUACCAAAGCUUGACAUGAGCUUUCCAUUGGAGCAUAGAGAAGAGGCAUGGGUGAAGGAACUACAAGAUUCCAAAGAAAUUAAACAAUUACUUGAUUCCAAGAUAGGUUUUGAGAUCGGGAUAGAAAAUGAAGAAGAUACUUCAAAACAGAAAAAACUGGAGGAUAUGUAUCCAUUUUGUGUUACUUUAGAGGGGAAUGCUCUCCAUGGUCCCAUUUUGCAAAAAGACUAUGUACAGUUAGAAAAUCAGUGGGAAAACCCCCCAGAGGAUUUACAGACAGAUUUAACAAAACUGGUAGAUCAUCAGAACCCCUCUGCAGGAGAGAAACCUGAGAGCUCCAAUUUGGAAGAACCUCUCAACCCUAGACCGCAUAAGAAAAAGAGUCCAGGAGACAAACCUCACCGAUGUUCUCAGUGUGGAAAAUGUUUUGCUCGGAAGUCACAACUUACAGGACACCAGAGAAUUCAUUCAGGAGAGGAACCUCAUAAAUGCCCUGAAUGUGGAAAAAGAUUUCUUCGUAGUUCAGACCUUUAUAGACACCAACGACUUCAUACAGGGGAGAGACCCUAUGAAUGCACUGUGUGUAAAAAGCGAUUCACUCGGCGGUCACACCUUAUAGGGCACCAGAGAACCCAUUCUGAAGAAGAAACUUAUAAAUGCCUUGAGUGUGGGAAAAGCUUUUGUCAUGGAUCAAGUCUUAAAAGACAUCUGAAAACUCAUUCGGGUGAAAAACCUCAUAGAUGUCCUAAUUGUGGAAAAAGUUUUAGUAGACUGACAGCUCUUACUUUGCACCAGAGAACUCACACUGAAGAGAGACCUUUUAAAUGUAAUUAUUGUGGGAAAAGCUUUAGACAGAGACCAAGCCUCGUUAUUCAUUUAAGAAUUCAUACAGGGGAGAAGCCAUACAAGUGUAGUCAUUGUUCUAAAAGCUUCAGACAGAGAGCAGGCCUUAUUAUGCACCAAGUCACUCACUUUAGAGGACUUCUUUAAGAAUUGUUAAAGGAAACAGAUCCUACAGAAAUUGACAGUAACUCAAAAAAAAAUCCUAACCUGCAGCAGCCUGUUUGUCUUGGAAGAAUCUUUUUGUUUGAGCUUAUAAGAACAGCU